GCCAAAGGUGACUAGAGUGCUAAGCCAGUCAACAGGGAAAACUCGGCUCCUGACUUUGGGUCUUUCUUCUCAGUCUAUAUAGAAGAAAACUUAGAAAAAAUAUAAAAAAGAAAAACACAACUAGUUGGGCAUCUCCUAAAGAGAUGGAAUCGCCACUUAUAUAUGUUUCAGUUUUGCUUUUGAACAUAUUUGAAUUUUCAUCAGGAAUAGUAUAUAAUAAAGAUGAUACAGAGAAACGCUUUGCAUGUUCUAACAAAGGGUUCCCUCAAGAGAAUGAAAUAAUCAAGUUGCAUCUUUUCUUAGAAAACUUGAAAAUCCAGUGUUUCUUCCAAACUGAAAAUGAAAUUGCAUCAAAAGCAAUGCUAAGUGUGUUCACAUCAGGAGGACUUGCUCCCAGCUUGGGAAUCAUGAAUAGUACAUAUAACGGCAUCUUCCACUUUAAUUUAACGUUGUUCAGUGAUCGGGUUUUGUGGUUGGUUGAUAUUCCUAGAGAAAAUAUCACACAAAGCACAGAUAUUGCAGCUGUAGAAGAAUGGUUAGUAAGGAUCACUUUACAUCAUGGACUAAAUAUUUAUGCUACUGAAGGAACUCUAUUGGAUGAUAUUCGAGAACCGAUUCUUCAGUGGACUCUUGGGGAUGUGAUUCCAGAAAGCGAGAUCAGUAAAUUAUAUCCACAUGUGGUAGAUCUCAAAGUGACAAAAUGCCCCUGUGCCAAUGAUGUGGCAUUACUAGGCUUCAUUGUGGAUACAAUACUUGAUGGUGUUUACAUAGGCGUAAACUUUGGUGGAUUCUGGCAUGAUUAUGAUACCACAUGGUUUAACAUGACACAGACUAUCUAUUCCCAACUUCAAGAAGAACAUGAAGACCUUUCAUUGGUGGAUAUGGUUUUAACGAAUCAUUUUUUAGUUAUCCUCACCUCUUUGGGCCUUUUUGUAAGUGAAGAUCUUCGUUAUCCAUCACACUACAUCUUAUCGUUUUCCAGGGCAGACUUUUGUGGUUUUGAAAGGGUUGACUAUGUGAAAGGAAAAUUGUGGUAUAAUGAAAGAUGUUUUGCUAACAGAGAGCAUUUUGAAGUUGAUUAUGUUACAGUCACCUUUGAGAGAAACAGAACCCUGAGUGAGUCAAGCUCUUGUUUUUAUAGUCAGGAACCAUUUCUUGAAUGGGUACCCUGCUUACCUCACAUUUUUAAAGGAAUAAAAACUCUCCCAACUGUGCUAACAUUUCUUGUUGACCAAGAGCAUGGUACUGGAGUUUACCUCUUCUAUAACAAGGUCAAGAAAACUGCUGUUGCGUCUGUGAGCACCCUGAGAAAUAAUGAACCAAAUUCACAAUCAAAAUUUCCAAUUUUUCGGUUUCCUUCAUCAUUCUCUUCUCCCGUUGGAAUGGUAUUUCAUCCCCGAAGCCACUUUUUGUAUGCUUAUGGCAAUCAGAUAUGGCUUUCAGUUGAUGGCGGCAACACCUUUCAAUUAAUAGCUAACUUUCAUGAUGAUAUCAUAAAGAAGACUUUUCAUAGUUUUCAUACAUCAGCUAUUACUUUUGUUUCGCAACGUGGAAAGGUUUACUCGACAAAGGCAGGAAUGGGAAGAUACAGUGCAGUUGGAAGUGUUACUGAGAGAAUUUUCACAUUAUACUAUGAUCACUUGGGAUUCCUACAUAAGCUGACUCUGGGUCGCUUUGAAGCUAGUGGACCACCCACAACCUUUGGAAAUUCUAGAAAUCUUUUUGGACAGCCUCCAGAUAUGGGCUUUGAGACUGCGCUUGCCCCACAGCACACCUCCUUAGAUGAAAUUAUCUUUUUUGCAUAUGUACCUGAGAACGAACCCCAGGAAACGAUCUACAGCAAGAAGUUCAGCAAUAUACACUAUGGAAAAGUGAUACACUCUGGGAAAACUGGAAGAGCUUACAUAAGAAAGGUAUUGCAACAUACGACUCCUAAAGGAUUUUUGUCCUCAGUUAUUGCAGAAAUGAAAGAGCCCUUUGGAUUAGAAGAAGUGAAUGAGAGCUCUUGUUUGUCUAGUUCCCUUUUGAUUAAUAAAGCUGGAAAUGUCUAUAAACUCACUCUUGAUUCACAAGUUGUUCAGGCCUUGUUUGAAGAUACAGAUAUAGAGAAGACUGUAGUGCUUCCUGGGUACAGCAGCUUCCUCAUCACAAGCAUUUUAGAUAAUAAGAAUGCAUUAGCCAUUGCUACCAUGCCUGAAAAUGCACCCAACAAUAUGACCUUUCUAAAGAGCACAUGGUUCUUAUACAACUUUGGGCAAAGGAAUGGACGAACAUGGAAAAUAUAUUCAAAACCAUGUAAUUAUUGGUUUCAACAUGAUGAUUCACCAUCCCUCAACAUUGUGAAAUACAUUGAUCUGGGAAACUCUUAUGUUUUAAAAGCUAAGGUCAUACGGAAUGCAAAAGGUUUUCGAAUGCUUGAAAUACCACUACUGACUGUGUUUGUUGGAAACCCUAAUUUGUUGGACGUUAAAGCUGAAGUCACUUUUGAUGAUACUGACAGUUAUGUAAUAACAAUUUCUGCAGCUAGCAAAGUUUUACAUCAGGGUUCAACUUCACUGGCAUUUAUUAUGUGGUCAGCCUCUACUGAGUGCUUUGUUACGACAAUGGUUCCAACACUGAAAAGCAGCUGUAGUUACCUCAGAUCUAUGCAUCACAUUCCUAGCAAAUUUAUCCCAUUUGAAGACUGGAUUAGUGGAGUUCAUAAAGACAGUCAGGGUUUUAACCUCAUCAAAACUUUGCCGAUAAACUACAGGCCUCCAUCUAAUAUGGGAAUUGCUAUUCCACUCACAGAUAAUUUUUAUCAUGCAGAUCCUAGCAAACCCAUACCAAGAAACCUGUUUCACAUGUCAAAGAAAACUGGUAAAUUCAAACAGUGUGCUAAUGUUUCCACUCGGGAGGAGUGUAACUGCACAAAGGAUCAGAAGUUUUCACAUGCUGUUGCUUUCUCGGAUUGCAGGGAAAAAGUUCCUCGCUUUAAGUUUCCAAUUACACAAUAUCCAGUUUCUUUGGAAAUUAUCAACGAGGAUGGACGUGUCCCAUUGCAAUCUCCAUAUCUGGUUACUGUGACUGAAGUGAACAUGAGGCAAAACUGGAAACUGAAACACACGGUGCCAGAAAAUAUUAAAAAAAUGAAACAAUUAGUAGAACCAAUUCUUGGUGCUGCAGUGUAUAAUCCUUCAGGUCUCAACUUAAGCAUAAAGGGCUCUGAACUUUUCCACUUUAGAGUGACCGUCAUUUCAGGAGUAACUUUUUGUAACUUAAUUGAAGAAUUUCAGAUUUAUGUUGAUGAGGCACCAUUGCCAUUCCCAGGACACACGCUUAUUGCCGUGGCAACAGCGGUAGUGCUAGGGGGAUUAAUUUUUAUAGCAUUUAUGUUUCAACUGCGUGGCAUCCAUCCGUGGAGGACAUUCCAAAGAUGGAUUAGAAGAAACCAAGAGAAGCUUUCAAGUAUCUCUCUCAGUGAGCUGAUUCAUAGAUGAAAGUCUGAAGAGUGAACGAACACAUGGUCAUCAUAAUUUCUCUUUAUUUUCUAGUUUUAUCGGACAAUUCCUAGAACAAUAUACUUAAAUGUUAAACAUGCAAGCUACAUAAAAUCCUACAGAAUUGUCAUUAUAAUUCAAAUUGCUACUUGUCAAUAUAUUCACCAUUCCCUUUUCUUAUUUUGAAUACAUAGAAAAUGUCUUGUGCCAGGGCUUAUGUUGAAGAUCUUCCUUGAGGUUUUUAGAAAAGUAUAAAAUGAUAACCAACUCGACAUGGAACAGGUGUUCUGUGUUGUUCAGCUCUUAGUGCCUGGAGCCCAUUCUGUGGGGUCAGAACCCCUGAGCUCUGCUCCUUCCAGAUAGAGUUUGAGUAGAGUACAGUUAUGCCAGGGUGAGGUAGGAGUGAAGACAGCUGAUCAGCAGAAGUGUUCUCAGAGCCUUGUGGGAAUGAAAGAGGAAGCCAUUCAAGUUUCUUCGGGCAACUUCAAAACCAGAUUGUAGUACCUAGAGAGGGAAAUGUGACCCCAUCAUUAGGGUGUUAGAAGAAGGCGGUGUCUGAGCAGGGUAUUGGUUUAUAAACCCACAUGCAGCAUGGAGAAUUCCAAAAGCUAUAUCUCUGUGUACUCUCAAAGUAAAUGUCCCCAGGUAGUCAGAAGAUGACCAUAACAUUCAGAGAUCACAGCUUCAUGCUCCCUGGAAAAGCUCAGAAGGGGAGCACAGUUUUGACAACAUAAGGAAAGGAAGGCAUCCAAUCCAGGUCUGAGAUCUAUCAUUGAAAUUCCUUAGAGAGGGCAGUGCAGCAGGUGGGCAAGAGAAUCAGACUCCAGAGCCAGAACUCCUGGGUUUGCCAUUUACUAGAUAUGUAACCUUGGGAAGUUAAUUUUUUCGUGCAUGAGUUGCUUCACCUGUAAAAUGGGAAGAUAGUAACACCUACCUAAUGAAACAGGAAAUUUUCCUUCACCCCUUAACAGGCCUCGUGACAGGGAUGCCUCGCUUAUUCAGCCUGCAGCUCUCGACCCCUCACGAGAUGGGGAGCAUGCAGGUGAGCGGGUGUAGGAGCCAGAGUGAGCAAUUUUGGGCGCCAGCAGGAGCAAAACUCCAUGUAGGCCCCAAGGCAGCUUGUAGGGAGGAGUAUCCACGAUCCCCAAAGCCCCAGAGGGUAUGUGUUACAAUGCUCUUUUAACUCUGCUGUCCAUGGAUGGCUUAGGUGUUAAAACAGCUCAGUGGGCUCUCUGCCUUUUCGUGGGAGGCAGUUGCUCUUUGCCAGCGAGGGCAGAGGGUCAGUGUGACAGCCUUUAGUGUCCACACCCAUGGUACACAAGCUCUUGUUCAGUUUCCAGGAAAAAUCAGUUUGCAUGAACAAAUUGAAGGGUGGUGAAGGUGGAGGGCUGAUGGAAGUGGCUCUCAGCAGGAAGGGGAGUUGGAAGGCGGCUGGAGCAGGAAGGUGAUCUUCCCCUGGAGUCCGGUCAUCCCUGGCCAGACUCCUCUCUGAAGCAACACCGUCAAACUGUGUCCGGAAUUGGUGGGUUCUUGGUCUCGCUGACUUCAAGAAUGAAGCUGCGGACCCUCGCGGUGAGUGUUACAGUUCUUAAAGACGGUGUGUCCGGAGUUUUUUCC